UGUCGCGCUUGUUCUCGCCGGUGCUACGAUCGAUUCGCGUUGAGAAGAGUAGUUGUCUGAAAACUUCUCGUUCCAUCAUCGACAUCAUGUCUUUAAAGAAGCUUAGCAUCGAUUCUUUGAACCUUAAUGGGAAAAGAGUGUUGAUGAGAGUGGACUUCAAUGUGCCACAGAAGGAUGGAAAAAUCACAAACAACCAAAGAAUUGUGGCAGCUCUUGACUCCAUCAAGUACGCACUGGACAAUAAAGCAAAGAGUGUUGUGCUGAUGAGUCACCUUGGCCGUCCAGAUGGACAGAGGAACGAGAAGUUUACACUUGACCCAGUAGCUAAGGAACUGCGCACGCUCUUGAAGCGGGAUGUACAGUUCCUUAAGGACUGCGUUGGUGCUGAGGUGGAGGCCGCUUGUGCCAACCCCGCGGCCGGUAGCAUCAUACUGCUGGAGAACCUGCGCUUCCACAUCGAGGAGGAAGGCAAGGGCGUCGACGCAUCCGGAAAGAAGGUGAAGGCAGAUGCUGCCGCUGUUGAUGCCUUCAGGGCUUCCCUGUCAAAGCUUGGUGAUGUUUACGUAAACGACGCAUUUGGAACUGCCCACCGUGCUCACAGCUCGAUGGUUGGUUGCAAUCUGCCUAAGAAAGCAUCCGGUUUCUUGUUGAAGAAGGAACUGACGUACUUUGCCAAGGCACUGGAUAACCCUGCUAAACCAUUCCUGGCUAUCCUUGGCGGAGCUAAGGUCAAGGACAAGAUUCAGCUGAUUGACAACAUGUUGGACAAGGUGCACGAGAUGAUUAUUGGUGGUGGAAUGGCCUACACCUUCCUUAAAGUUAUUGAUGGCAUGAAGAUCGGCAACUCGCUGUUUGAUGAAGAUGGUUCUAAAAUCAUUGGAGAUCUCAUGAAGAAGGCUGAGAAGAAUGGAGUGAAGAUCCACCUGCCUGUUGACUUUGUCGUUGCCGACAAGUUUGAUGAGAAUGCCAAUGCUAGCAACGUGACCAAGGCUGCUGGCAUCCCUGAUGGCUUCAUGGGACUUGAUGUUGGACCAGAAACAACAAAGAUUUUCAAUGACGCAGUUGCCAGGGCAAAGAUCAUUGUCUGGAAUGGUCCCGUCGGUGUGUUUGAAUGGGAGAAGUUUGCCACUGGAACCAAGGCAGUCAUGGACCAGGUCGUCAAGGCAACCCAGGGUGGUACCAUAAGCAUCAUUGGUGGAGGUGAUACUGCCACCUGCUGUGCGAAGUGGGGCACUGAGGACAAGGUCAGUCAUGUGAGCACAGGAGGUGGUGCUAGCCUGGAACUACUAGAAGGUAAGACACUGCCAGGUGUUGCUGCACUGUCUGAUGCCUAACUGAUUCACUUGGAGCAAUAAUGUCAGCGUUACACUAGGAGGAACCUUCUUACUAAGGAGUGUCUUCAAGUUUCUGUCUCAUAAUCUUUUAUAGGUUGCACCGGUGAAAAAGAAUUGGCUGAAUUUUGCCGUACUUUUGGCGUCAUUCUAUUUUGUUUUCAAAUAUUUGAAAAAACUAGUCAUUUCCUAUAACUUUCAUAGCGAAUGUGAAGUAGUCUACAUAUGUUAAAAGAAGUGUGAUUGUAGGGGCAAUGGAGCAAACCUUGUUUGAACUCAUUGGUGUAUGUAGCUAGUCAGACGUACUAUAGUAAAAAUACAUUCACACGUUAACUGAUAGACAUGGUUUCAGAGUUUCAUGAAAAGAAAUUGCACACUCAGUCCUACACUUUAACUUGCUCCUAACAAUGUUGUUGGUGUAUGCAAAUUGUUUGUUAUGGUUCUAUCAUGAUGUAUGGUGUUAUGUUGGAAAAAGAUCAUGUAGCCUGCAAAAAUAAAGUAGCUUCCUGAGCUAUA